CGCUGCGGCUUCCAAGUUGGAGAGGGGAGCUUGUGCGGUAGGCAGGGACAAUGGAGGAAGAGAAACUUGAGCUGUGCCUGACUUACUCAACAGACAGCAGACAGAUGAAGGACCAGGCAAAAACCACUUUGCAUGUAACAUCACUAGAUGAUGCAGAAUGUCUCCGAUCUAAAGAGCUCGUUUCGACCCUGAACAGUCACGCUGCUUCUAAUUCAAAGUCCACCCGCAACAUCCCUCGAAGACAUACAGUAGGUGGCCCUCGCAGUUCCAAAGAAAUACUGGGAAUGCAAACCUCGGAAAUGGACAGGAAGAGAGAGGCAUUUCUUGAGCAUCUGAAACAGAAAUAUCCCCACCAUGCUACAGCAAUAAUGGGACACCAAGAGAGACUGAGAGAUCAGACAAGAAGCCCAAAGCUGUCCCAGAGCCCGCAGCACAAUUUGGGUGACCAGACAGAACACCUCUCAGAAGCAUCUGCUGAUUCCUUAGAGGCCAUGUCUGAGGGUGAUUCUCCGACCCCCUUUUCGAGGGGCAGCCGCACACGAGCAAGUCUUCCCGUGGUGCGGUCGGCAAACCAAACAAAGGAGAGAUCACUGGGUGUUUUAUAUCUUCAGUAUGGAGAUGAAACAAAGCAGUUGAGGAUGCCAAACGAAAUCACAAGCACAGACACAAUUCGUGCCCUUUUUGUAAGUGCCUUUCCCCAGCAGCUGACAAUGAAAAUGUUGGAAUCACCCAGCGUGGCCAUUUACAUCAAGGAUGAGAGCAGAAACAUAUACUAUGAAUUGUGUGAUGUGAGGAAUAUUCAAGACCGAUCUUUCCUUAAAGUUUACAACAAAGACCCUGCACACGCAUUUAGUCACACUUCCAGAGCUGUAAAUGGAGAUAUAAGGAUGCAGAGGGAAAUUGCUUAUACGGGCCGAGAUGGCCUGAGUUCAUCCCGCCCCGGAUCUGCCACACACCCUGCGCACACAAUGCCCAGCUCUCCGCCCUCCACCCCGGUGCCCCACUCCAUGCCUCCCUCUCCAUCCAGGAUUCCCUACGGAGGGGGCCGGCCCGUGGGAGUGCCAGGCAAUGCCACCAUCCCCAGGGACCGGCUCUCCAGCGUGCCCGCCUCGCGCUCGAUAUCGCCCAGCCCAAGCGCCAUCUUGGAGAGACGGGACGUGAAGCCAGAUGAGGACAUGAGUAACAAAAACCUUGCCUUGAUCCGAAAUGAAGGUCUGUACGGUGACCCCUACUUGUUUCACGAGGGGAGGAUGAGUGUGGCUGCCCCCCACUCUGGACACCCCCUCGAUGUCCCAGAUCACAUUGUAGCCUACCAUCGCAAUUCCAUGAGGUCGUCGAGCACUUACUGCAACCCCCCUCUGCAGCCCGAAAUGCUGGAGCAGUCCUUGUACAGACAGAAGUCACGAAAGUACCCGGAGAGCCAUUUGCCCACCCUCGGCUCCAAAACACCUCCCGCCUCACCCCACAGGGUGCCUGACAUGAGAAUGAUUGAUAUUCAUCCUCACCAUAGCGUUCACAUGCCCUCCCACACCAUCCAGCCUGACAGGUCUUCCCCCAGCCGCCAGUCCUUCAAAAAGGAGACGGGACCGCCUGUCUUUGUGGAUGCCAAGGCUCGGAGUGGCCUCGGCCUCCUGGGCAUGGCCGAGGCCGUGCCCUCUCCAGUCGACAAGCAGGCCUUUGGCUACGGGUCACCUGUCAUGCCCAAGGACAAGGAGACGAGAGAAAGGAUACAAGCCAUGGAGAAACAGAUUGCCAGCUUAACUGGUCUUGUUCAGUCUGCGCUUUUUAAAGGGCCAAAUACAAGUAAUAGCAAAGAUGCUUCUAGUGAGAAGAUGAUGUUGAAAAUUGUGUCCAGCAAGAACAGCAUUGACACUGCAGGUGCUGUGAACGUAUCUGGGGGAAAGAAUGCACUGGGAAGUGUGGAGUCAGCUGUGGUCCAUCACCCUGCAGGAGCCCCCUCGAUGCAGCUCAGCCUGCAUGGUAUGAAGCGCAACGUGUCGGAUCUGCGGCUGCAGCUGCACCAGAUGAGACAGCUACAGCUGCAGAACCAGGAGAUGCUGAGGGCGAUGGUGAAGAAAGCAGAGCUGGAAAUCAGUGGCAAAAUGAUUGAAACGGUGAAGAGACUCGAAGAUCCUGUGCAGCGACAGCGCAACCUGGUGGAACAGGAAAGGCAGAAAUACCUCAACGAGGAAGAAAAGAUUGUCAAGAAGUUAUGUGAGCUGGAGGCAUUUGUUGAAGACCUGAAGAGGGAUUCCACUGCUUCCAGCAAGUCAGUUACACUGAAAGAUGUUGAAGAUGGAGCCUUUCUUUUGCGUCAAGUAGGAGAAGCAGUUGCCACUCUGAAAGGAGAGUUCCCGACGCUGCAGAAUAAGAUGCGUGCGAUCCUCCGGAUUGAGGUGGAAGCCGUGAGGUUCCUGAAGGAAGAGCCACACAAGCUGGACAGCUUGCUCAAGCGUGUGCGCAGCAUGACCGAUGUCCUCACCGUGCUCAGGAGACAUGUUACAGAAGGACUGCUGAGGGGUGUGGAUCCAUCCCAAGCCGUGCAGUGCUCUGCUGUGGAAAAGGCCAGUGCAGCUGAUGCACCGAAAACCCAGGAGGAACUCAAGCAUGCCCAGGGCCAUGCAGAGCAAAGCCUCACAGCAAGCACGUCAGAGUCCCAGGUGCCAUCAGUCAAGUCAGAGGUCAUCCCCUUCUCAACAAUGACGGUCCAUCACGUGCAGAGCUCGCCUGUUGUCAUCCACCAGUCUCAGCACUCCUCAGCCCUGGUCAGCCAUGCCCAGGGCUCACCCACCACAGCCAGCCACAGUGACGGUGUGCCAGGGGGUGGGCACCUCUCAGCAGCCCCCCCACAGGAGCCGGCCGCAGGACCCCCACCCGCACAGGCCACGCCAGCACCACAGGUCUCUGUCAAUGGCACUACCAUGCAAAGUCUUUUCAUUGAGGAAAUUCACAGUGCAAGUGCCAGAAACCGAGCUGUAUCAAUUGAGCAAGCUGAAAAGAAAUGGGAAGAGAAAAGACAAAACCUUGAUCACUAUAAUGGAAAGGAAUUUGAAAAGCUCUUGGAAGAGGCCCAGGCCAAUAUAAUGAAGUCAAUUCCUAACCUGGAGAUGCCUCCCCAGCCAGCAGCCCUGCCUAAAGGGGAUGCAGUGGAAAAGCUAGAAGUCUCAGAAGAGGUUCCUGAUGGAGAGCAGGAUAACGACAAGCUGACCAAGUCCCCUCCUCCUCCACCCCCACGGCGCAGUUACCUGCCAGGGUCAGGACUAACCACAACAAGAUCAGGAGAUGUCGUCUAUACAGCCAGAAAGGAGGCUGCUGCUGUGAAGGAAUGCAGUGAAGAUGCUGGGCAAAUCGCACAAUCCAAAGCCCUGAAAGAGGAUCAGGCUUUGUCUCGGAGCACAGGGCAUGCUGGAGCAUCAGCUGCAAAAGAUGAAGAGGAAGAGGAAGGAGAUAAAAUAAUGGCAGAAUUACAGGCUUUCCAGAAGUGCUCUUUUAUGGAUGUAAACUCAAACAGUCAUGCUGAGCAGUCCAGAAAUGAUACACAUGUUAAAGACAUAAGGCCCGGGACUUUAAUGCAUCACAAGGAAAAGAAGGUGUAUGGGGCUACAACAGGAUCUCCCACAGAUAGUGACCAUCCUAAGGAGAAGAGGGAAGGGAAAACUGAAGAAGAAUUGGGUUCUGAUUCAUCCAGCACAGCUGACAGUAAAAUUGGCUUUUCACUGAAUGACAGUCCUACACUUAGCAAGGGUUUGUUUUUAGACAGUAGAGACUAUUCUAAGAAAAACGUUCAGAAUAUGAGCAGAAACGUGUCUGGUGUCAGUUUGCCAGAGGAUGACAAACGAAGAGGGGCUCAAGAUAUUUUAGGAUCCCAUUUUCCAGCUGUGGAAACUGGAAAGCAAAAGCCAAACUACAGACUCUCACGAGACACUCAUCAGGGCCUGCUGCAGGGUGAAGCCUUGCAGAGCACGGGCAAGCAUAUCCCCGUCAGCAGCGUUGCCCCUCUGGUGAGGCACACGCAGGAGGCUACGGGGCCACAGCCUUCCUCGCAGGAGCAAGAAGCUUCUGCCAUCAACUACAACCAGGUUGUGCUGAGAUCCAAAGCGUCCAGAAGCAACGGUGUGAACAGCACCGAAGAGCCGGACUCUGUGGCCAGCUCGCCGAGUGAAGAAAACCCACCCACGGAAAACAUCGCCUUCAUGAUUACCAAAACAGCUGUGCAGGUCCUCUCGAGCGGGGAAGUUCACGACAUCGUCAGCCGGAAAGGCGGAGAUGUGCAGACGGUGAACAUCGAUGCGAGGAAGGAUGUGGCCUCGGAGAAGGGCGUCCAGGAAAACACGGAGAGCGAAGAGCCGGUGGUGUGUCUGGACAAGAAACCCGUCAUCAUCAUUUUUGAUGAACCGAUGGAUAUCAGGUCAGCCUAUAAGCGGCUCUCCACGAUUUUUGAGGAAUGUGAUGAGGAAUUGGAGAAAAUGAUGACAGAUGAAAAGAUAGAAGAGGAAGAGGAGGAGGAAGAAAAUGAAGCUCACAAACCAUCUGAGAGCCACAAGGAAGAGCCGUCCUUAGCGAGUGACAGAAAAGCCCUCACGGAGUAUUCAGCAACUGAUGGUCUCGAUGAGCAGCACGUGUUGAACCUUCAGCCUUCCUCUGACUCUGCAGAAACCAGACCUGCAGAGGAGGAAAGCACAAAGGCCAAUUUUAACAAAUACCGUCAGAUCUAUGGGCUGAACACAGAGACGAACGUGGACUCUGCUGAUCAGUUUGGGAGCAGGCAGGAUUCUAAGAAAAAAUUUAAGUUCAAAUUCCCCAAAAAGCAGCUGGCUGCUCUCACACAGGCGAUACGGACGGGAACCAAGACCGGGAAGAAGACCUUGCAGGUUGUGGUCUAUGAAGAAGAAGAGGAAGAUGGAACGCUGAAGCAGCACAAGGAAGCCAAGAGAUUUGAAAUCACCAGGUCGCAGCCUGAGGACAGUGACAAAAGUCCUUCUGGGAUGCAAGAGGGACCGCCUGGAGCUGCAGCGGCCCUGUCCAGGACUGAUGAAAUCCGGCAGAGUACAUACCGAACGCUAGACAGCCUUGAGCAGACUAUAAAGCAGCUGGAAAACACCAUCAGUGAAAUGAGUCCAAAACCUAUCUCUGAAAGCACAUACAGCUCUGAGGGAAGCACUGUCCCCUUCUCUGCCCAGAUAGUACCAGAGAGCCCACCCCGAGAGCUUGUAGUGCUGGAUGAGAGCCUUGCUGGCGUAGAGCCCCCUCCGUCAGCCCCAGCCACUGCACGUAAGGGCUCCAGCGCUGCCGCCCAGACGAGCAGGAUGCCCAUCCCCAUGGCUUCGAAAACUAGACAAGGAAGCACGGAGAAAGCAGGCAAACAGCACAAGCUGCAGGAUCCACGCCAGUACAGACAGGCUAAUGGAAGUGCUAAGAAAGCUGGUGGGGACUAUAAGGCUCCUUCCCCUACCCUACCUGCUUCUAAGAUCCCAGCCUUUUCUCCCACUUCUGGGAAAAGCAGCUCAGCACCCGCUUCUGGCGGUGACAGCUCUAACCCUCUUAAUCCACCCACUAAAACCUCCAUUCCUUCCUCUAACCUUCUCCCUCCUCAGACAGGUCGCAUGACUUACUCCACCUCCCUCAUCCCCUCUGUCUCUAACGGCUCCUCCAAGUUUCAGAGUCCCACUUACCCGGGGAAAGGUCACCACCUCUCCUUCUCACUGCAGACUCAAAAUGGCCGGUCACCCCCUCCUUCCUCCUCUACCUCCCCCGCCUCCUCUACCUCUCCCCCCUCACUGAACCAAGGUGUGAAGAGCAUCAGGACAAUCCACACGCCUAGCUUCACCAGCUACAAGGCGCAGAACGGAAAUGCCGGCAAGCCCACUCCCUCCACGGCCAAGGAGCCCUGCUAAAGGCCAGGCACAGCGCGUGCGGGGCCGCCCAGGCUUUUUGUUCAGAGAACCCGCAGCAGCCAAUAUUUUAACCAGGGAACGGAACCCAUUUGCUGUUAUGGCUGGAGGCUUCAUACUAAUUGCGUGCUAAAAACUGGAUUACUGCACUAGAUUAGAGUGCAGCAGCUUUGUUGUGAAACUCCGUCACUGUUGUGAUGAUAAAGGAGCGUUUUCUUCCUACAGGCAGCACCUCUGACAAAAAAUAAAGUGUGAAGGUGUGUGAGUGAACGUGACGGUGUGUGCACGGCGCUGUGCUGAGCAUGGGAAACUGUAUGGGUAAAAAUUUAGUAAGUUGUUUUGUAUAAAGCUAUUUUUCAUUAUGGGGACUAGAAGUGAACAGAGUUAUACUAAAGUGUGAUUAUACACAACUGUAAAACUGAAACUAAACUAUUUUUCUUUUAUUUUGGUGUUAUUUAGCUUUGUUACAAAUUUCUAUUUUUGUCAACAAAUGUCAUGGUUCCUUUCGAGAUCUUUUUGCCAAAACAUUUUGAUACUAUUGUAAUGUACAUUUGAAAGCAGUAUGCUGGACAGUAAACCUCUACACAAGAAACAGAACAAGACUGGUCUUGGGUGUGUAUGAGGCAACUCAACCUAUUGCACUGCCAUUCAGAUUAUAUUUAAGAAUUUGCCAGCCAAGGAGAAAAAAAGAAUAAAUCGUUUUACACAUGUAGGUAGUUGCUGAUCACUUUCUGUCUUAGCUAAAUCCACCCUUUUUCCUUCAGUUUUCUUUCACUGAGACCCAUUCAUGUAUUGCAAUGUGGAUUUUAAAAUGUACACUUCUGUACUGUUCUGUAUACUGGCAAACUUUUGUACAUAUCUAUAAAUAGAAAUAAAUAAAUGAAUUCUGUAUGUGGCUGGGCACAUAGAAUAGUUUUACCACACCAAAGUUAAUUUUUAUGCAUGCGUAAAAAUAUCUACGGGGCAGGGUGGAAAAAGACAGAUAUCAGUCAAAUUGGGAAAAAAAAAGCAAGAAGCUUGCAUAGCUCAUGGCUUUGUAAAUAAAUGUAUUUGUAUAACACCAUCAUGUAAAAUACAGAACUACAAUAAGCAAAGAUCUUUGCAAAAAUAAAGGGCUGCAUGCUUAUAUAUUUGUAUUUUGUCACUAGUAACUUUUAUAAUGGUCUCAAAUAGCUGUUAAGCUGUUUGCCUGAGUCUUUGGUACAGAUAGAAUGCAACAGACUUAAAGUGUCCAUCACUUGACAAGAAAACAGAACUCAAUUUUUUGAAUUCCUAUUGUUGGGAAGAAGCAAUAUUAGAACACUUUAGGUCUUUCUUUCUGCCAUCUCAACAAACCCCUUCCCAGCAGCAUUUCUGCUUCACCUCACGAUGAUGAUUACAUGGGUUUACUGUGAAUAAAUAAAAGAGUAUGUGCAAGCCUCAUCUUUU